UUUCGAAGUUUUUUCCAAAUAUUUACAAAAUUGUUCAGAUAAAGACGGUUUUUUAAUUAUUAAUGAAAUGGGUACUCGUGAAAGUAUUGCUGUUGACUCGAAGGGUCUCAAUUUUGUUGGACUUACCGAUUUCGAAGACGAGGAAAUGAAUCGCAAAACAGCGGAUGAAAAAGCAAAUCACGGUUUAGUAUUUAUGUUCCAUUCUCUAACUGGUGCAUUUACACAGCCUAUCGCAGUUUUUGCUUCUCACGGCCCAACUACAGGAGUGGUUCUAGCAAAAUUGAUUAUCAAAGCGAUAUUGAUAUUAAAAAAAAGUGGUGCUACAGUUUGGGGGUAAUUACAAACGGUGCUACGACUAAUCGUAAAUUUUGGAGUGAAAUGGGUGUCAGUGGUGAAAAAUGUAAUUCAAAGUCUCAUUUUCAACAUCCAGCUGAUGAAGACCGAAAAAUUUCUGUUUUUUCCGACACGCCUCAUUUAAUAAAGACGAUUAGAAAUAGAUUGUAUAAUGAAAAGACUCUUCAGGUUAGUGUCGCGAACUUAUCUUUAUGAUUAUGAAUAGUUAUAAAUAAUCAUUUUUGUGUUUAGAUGAAUCCAGAUGGUCCUCUCAUUGAAUGGGAUCACUUUCUACAAAUUUUUGAGAAAGAUUGUCUAAAACCGAUGCAUUUAAGAGUUUGCCCAAAAAUUACGAUGAGUCACUUGGAACUUAAUAAUUCAUCAAAAAUGAGAGUUCGUUUAGCCGCACAAAUAUUCAGUAAUUCUAUGGUAAGAGCUUUGACGUCAUACCAAAAAGAGUUCAAAGAUAAAAAUUUCACUGCUACUAUUGAAUUUUGUCGCUGGAUGAAUAAUUUAUUCGAUGCGUUGAAUGAAAACUGUGUUAGCCUUAAGCCUGGAGAUGACAAUUUUAAAUUGAUAGAAAAAUCAAUCAAAACUUUGGAUUUCUGGGAAGCGAAAAUCGGACAACCAAAUGGAAUCAAAGAGUCAUCAUUUCUCACCCGAAACACGGCUGAAGGAUUGCGAGUGACCUUACGAUCGACUCUAGACGUAAAAGUCGAUGUGUAUGAAUGUCGAAAUACUGGAGUCUUGACCGGAAAAAUUAAUCAAGCCCUUAAAUUCUUCAGUUUUCCAAAGCUUUGGAAAUGCUGAGUUUAGUAUCGAUGAUGGUGAGUCUGGACGGCCAUUGUUGAUUGAGGAGAUGCGUGAAGGAAAAGAUGGAAAUUUAACGGGGUUGCUGCAAUAAACAGCAGCGCACAACAGGAGUGGUAAGGGACAUAUUCCUGACCCUGCCCUCGCUUUAGUGUGCAAACCCAAAGUGGUCAUCAGCCUCGUGUUUCUUCUUCUUCCCCUGCCACUCGAUCUCAAUCGGUUACUACUCAACUUCAGCAUCAACAACUUGUCAAACAUACAAUUUGGUAUGGUUACUGUUUUUGGUCGCUUGUCCCAGUAUCAUAGACCCCUGCCUCUCUUGUGUCAGCUUACGCUAAUGUUCGUCUGAGUUGUCAGUAUUGAAUCGGGAUUUAUGCAUAAACACAGAUUAUUCCAAACGAAAUAAGAGUCAGUAAUUUAUAAAUUAUUUUUAUCUUUAUUUAAAUUAUAAUUAUCAUAUUU